GCGAGGGCGCCCGGGGCGCCGCCGCGGUCAUGUACCCGCCGCCGCCGCCGCGUCGGGACUUCAUCUCGGUGACGCUGAGCCCCGGCCGGAGCUACGACGGCGGCCAGGCCCUGAGGCGGCGCUCGUGCUGGCGGAGGUGGAAGCAGCUGUCGCGGCUGCAGCGCAACGUGGUCCUCGUCCUGGUGGCCUUUCUGGGGCUCUGCGGCCUCCUGUCCUACGUCCGCGUGGCCGACGAGUGGACAGCCGUGGCCGGCAGGUCGGCAGAAGGGCAGAGGAUGAGGCCAGCCCAUGCCCCCGUCUUGCCAGCUCCUCGGAGAGCCGCGGAUAACCCGGAGGCCUCGGCGGGGGCGUCCCCUCAGGUGCGCUGGAAGCCUCCAAGGCAUGUGCGGCGGGGACCACCCAACCUGCAGAUGCGAGCCCCCGAGGGAGACGUCAAGGAGAGGCAGCCAGAAGCGGCGCAGGGGAGGGCGGAGGCGGCAGGCGAGGCCCGCCGGGAAGACACGGCGCCGAGGAACGGCGGCAGCUGGAGGGGCGCAGAGACUGAGCCGGAGCAGACCACCCAGCUCCCGUCGAGAAAGGCAGAGGUGCCCCCUAGGCCUCCCCCACAGGCCCAGAGGAUGCAGAACUCUCCAGCAUCGCAGAACGAGCGCCAGCAGGCCGUCGUCGAAGCCUUCCGCCACGCGUGGGCCGGGUACCGCAAGUUCGCCUGGGGCCACGACGAGCUGAAGCCGGUGUCCAAGUCCUUCAGCGAGUGGUUCGGCCUCGGGCUCACGCUGAUCGACGCCCUGGACACCAUGUGGAUUUUGGGUCUGAAGAAAGAGUUUGAAGAAGCCAGGAAGUGGGUGUCCAAGAGGUUAUCGUUUCAGAAAAACGUGGACGUCAACCUGUUUGAGAGCACGAUCCGCAUCCUGGGGGGGCUUCUGAGUGCCUUCCACCUGUCCGGGGACGCCCUCUUCCUGAAGAAGGCCGAGGAUUUGGGGAGGCGCUUACUGCCUGCGUUCCAGACACCCUCGAAGGUCCCGUACUCCGACGUGAACAUCGGCACGGGAGCUGCCCACCCGCCCCGCUGGACGUCGGACAGCACGGUGGCCGAGGUGACGAGCAUUCAGCUGGAGUUCCGAGAGCUCACGCGUCUCACGGGAGAUAAGAGGUUCCAGGAGGCGGUGGAGGAGGUGACGAGGCACGUGCACGCGCUGCGGGGCAAGAAGGACGGGCUGGUGCCCAUGUUCAUCAGCACCAGCAGCGGCCUCUUCACCCACCUGGGCGUGUUCACUCUGGGCGCCAGGGCCGACAGCUACUACGAGUACCUGCUGAAGCAGUGGGUCCAGGGCGGCAAGGAGGAGACGCAGCUGCUGGAGGACUACCUCGAGGCCGUGGAGGGCAUCAAAAAACACCUGCUGCGCAGAUCUGAACCCGGGAAGCUGACCUUCGUGGGGGAACUCGCCCACGGCCGAUUCAGCGCCAAAAUGGACCACCUGGUGUGCUUCCUGCCGGGGACGCUGGCUCUGGGCGCCCACCACGGCCUGCCUGCCGACCACAUGGAGCUGGCCCGGGCGCUCAUGGACACCUGCUACCAGAUGAACCGUCAGAUGGAGACGGGGCUGAGCCCCGAAAUCGCGCACUUCAACCUGCACCCCGAGAAGUCCCAUAAGGACGUGCAGGUCAAGGCGGGCGACAGACACAACCUGCUGCGGCCCGAGACGGUGGAGAGCCUGUUCUACCUGCACCGCCUCACGGGCGACCGCAAGUACCAGGACUGGGGCUGGGAGAUCCUGCUCAGCUUCAACACGCACACGAGGGUCCCUUCGGGCGGCUACUCUUCCAUCAGCAACGUGCAGGACCCCCACAACCCCCAGCCCAGGGACAAGAUGGAGAGCUUCUUUCUGGGGGAGACGCUCAAGUACCUGUACCUGCUCUUCUCCGACGACCCGGACCUGCUCAGCCUGGACACCUACGUGUUCAACACAGAGGCUCACCCCCUGCCCAUCUGGGCCCCCGCCUAGGGUGGGAUGGCUCCCAGGGGGGUGCCGCCCGGGGAACCGACGCGUCCUGUCAGAGAGAGUGCCUGUCGGCAGGACCAAGGCCCUGAGCUUGGCUGUGCAGGGUUCACCCAGCUGGCCGGACGUGCUCUAGGCCGGGCCGAUGACAGAGACCCGUGGGCGACCGGGCCAGGACGUCUCGGGGCCUCGCUGCUCAGGGUGGCCGCUGGGCACCGGUGUUCUGCCGCUGGUCCCGGGCUCCUUGCCUGGUUCUCGUCGGGACACGGUUAGGAACAACUAGGAAUAAAUCAGCGCUGUGAUUCGGGGAGGUCCCGUCCACCCGGGGAGCCUCUUGCUUCUUCCUGAGAAAAUCCCAUCACGACUACAUUCCUGAAGCCUGAAGACCUGCCUGCUGGUCAUGCAGGGCCUCCUAGGGGUCCCGGGCCCCCUGGUGGUCCCAGGCCACUCGGGGUCCCCAGAGCCCAUGAUGUGAUCAGAGACAGGAGCUGAGGGGACGGCCCGGGUGCAGCUCAGCCUCGGGGCCUCACAGCCUGUCCACACGCCCUGAUCCGGAGGUCUCGGGGCACCCGUGCGCUCACGGGGAUCGGGCCCCUGGCUGACUGUGGUGUUUACACAUUGGACUCAGGGAUCCUCCCCCUGCCUUUGCAGGGGCUGGGCGGGGCUGGGCAGGCCAGUUCACCUGCUCCCGGGCCAGCCAAAUAGAUGGACUUUUCAGUCGGGAUAAAAGUACAUUUGUUC